AUGGAUUGCAAAAUAGAAUGAAAUUGAUAAUGAGAUCUUUGGGAGAAAUUAGCUCCUAAUAGUUUGAACAGUAACUGCCCUUUCUCUCACAUUUGCUUUUCUGAGAGAGGAAGAUCACAUCAGAGAUCUUUUUGGGGGAAGUUCUUUGUAGUUCAAAAACUCUAUUGACCAGUGCUACUGAUUCUCUGGAGGAUUUCUUCUGCCCAUUAAUUUACAAAAAAAAACAAUGGAAACGGGAAAAUUUCUUGCGAUUUUCGCCGGAAUUCUGUGUCUUUUUCUCAUUGUGCCCCUUCACAUGAAUCCUCCAUCAUCCCUCGAAGGACAAUUUGAGCGUUUUGUCUCUGACUUCAAUCGUCCCUAUCGAUAUCAUCCGGAAGCCUAUGAAAGUCGUUUUUUAGUAUUUGAGAAAUCAAUGGUCAGACUGAAAACAAUGAAUGAAACCCAUUGGAAAAAUCCCAAUAGUGCUAAAUAUGGAGUGACAAAUUUCACUGAUCUCACCAUCGAGGAAUUUCAGAGGAAUCAUUUGGGCUACCGUGAACAAAAAACACAAAAUAUCACAGGAAGAAAUUUCUCCAGAAUCAAUCAUAAGGAUCUUCCUAAAUUUACCGAUUGGCGCUCUUUGAAUUACGUUACUGAAAUAAAAAAUCAAGGAUCUUGUGGUGCUUGCUGGGCUUACAGUGUUCUUGGUGUCGUUGAAACAAUGGUGGCUAAAACCCGACAAAAAAUAGCUCAAGAUUUGAGCAUUCAGCAAAUUUUUGAUUGCUUCGACAGUCAGUAUUUUGGUUGCCACGGAGGGGAUUUCGUGGAACUCCUUCAGUGGAUAAUCGACGAACAUGUAGCCCUCCAGCAGGAUGCCACCUACAUCAAAACAUCCACGAGUAAUUGCAGUUUUACUGCGAAAACCGGCGUUAAAGUUCGAGACUUUAGUUGCAGCAAUUUUGUGGGCAAUGAAGAUGAAAUGCUCAAACUUUUGGCCUUCCAUGGACCCAUUGUGGCUGCUAUAAAUGGCUUAACAUGGCAAAAUUAUCUCGGUGGAAUUAUACAGUAUCAUUGUGAUGGUGAUAUCACUAAACUCAAUCACGUGGUUGAGAUUGUUGGCUACAAUCUCAACCAUGACAUCCCACACUACAUCGUCCGAAAUUCCUGGGGCAGGAAUUUCGGUGAGGAUGGCUACGUUAGAAUAGCCAUUGGAAAGAAUCUGUGUGGGAUAGCUCAACGAGUAGCGGUAAUUGACAUUGAAGAUGUUUGAGAAUUGUACAUUUAAUAAAUAAAAAUAAAUAUUUAGUUGUUGCAGAA